AUGAAGACUCGAGGGAGACCGUCAACGAAAGCGAAAAAGGAACCAACUGAGGCGCCAGUAACCUCAGAGCCAAAAACACAAUUGGGCCCAAAUGUCGCCAAUCCUCCACAGCUGUUUAUAUUGCCCGAAGGCAUAUCCAAAAAUGCUCGUGUCAUCUCUGUCGAAAACCCAAGAUCGACCAAUGAUAGUAGAUAUCUCGUCUGUCCCGAACGAGGAUUCUACGAGUUUACAAAGGUAGCGACACCAAAAUCGACCCCUCGUAGCUUGUUAUUAUCUUCGCUGGAUGCGGAAGCCGUAGAUGGGGACAAUGGGGUGGAAGACUCGACGGACAAGCUCUCGUCAAGCGGAUAUAUUAUGCGGGAUGCAGGGCUAUUUGUUGCGACUCCAAUGGACCCUCUGUUCUUUGUUCUACCUGUCCUGGCCCCAGUAUCUGCGUCCAGAGGUUCAGAGCCCCCGAAGAAGUUGUUCCUGUCCGGAGAAGAUUAUCUGGAUAAGGUCACAGCGGCGUCGCCACAUUUGAUCAGUUUGUUAAGGGUAGAUUCAUUACGGGCGUCGAUUGAAAAGAGAAUGGCCGCUGUAUGUGAUACGGUAGAUGCAGGAGACGAGACCAUGUAUCGACUGAGUGAGGAGAAAAUGACGAGGGAAUUGUUGAAAAAGGCCAAGAAGAUGUCUGAGAAUGGAUUGCCAGCAAGUAUGGAAGACAAAUUCAUCAGGAAAUCACUCGAUGUGCCCAUUUUGAGCAUAAAAAGGGAGGAAAGCUCCCUAAAUGAUGAAGAGACGCCAGCAGAUACGCCAGAUACCCAGGCAUCGACAACAUCAACAGACACAGCUACAAGCUCCUUCUCAGAAGCUUCGACAGCAGCCACGUCUUUUUCUGAGCACUCCCAGGGUACAGCCACUCAGCAUAUGAAAACGCCAAGCAUACCCCCCAUCAAUGCCCCAGACGGUGUAGUAGAUCUAUUACGACUUCGGACUGCACUCUUCUUCAUCUGCUCAAACUAUAUUGCACCGUACCUCAGUGAGACAAUCAAAAAGCUUGUCCUAUCAUCUACUUCGACCGUCGACUUUGCACCUCUGGAAGCACAUCUUGUACAUCUAGCUAAGCUUCGACAAGAAGCUCUCGCUGCAAGGCAACUCGGCGGCACGUCACAAAAGCGAUCGUUAGAGGAGGAUGAAGAUGGAGAAAGUCGAGCUGAGAAGAAACGGAAAUUGGAAGAAGAGGAGAAAAGGAAGAAAGCUGGUGAGAGUAGGGGAGUGAAGAACCUGAAGAAGGUAAAUACGACUGGGAUGAAAAAGAUGAGUGAUUUCUUCAAAAAGAAAUAA